AUGAAAUUUAUGAUAAUAGUUUUUCUGUUUGCGAUUUCUUUUAUAAGUGGAGAAGUCUAUAACCUUGACGAAUCAUCAGAAGUUUCUAUAUCAAAAGAAGGGUCUUUGCAGAUGUCAAUCAGUUCAAAUCCAACAACAGGAUAUUAUUGGUAUAUAGAUGAAUCAACAUUAGGUGUCGUCACAACAGAUAAUUUAGAUGGGGAUUAUAUAUCAAGCCAAAGCCAUCUACUAGGAGCUGGAGGGUCGCAAAUAUUUACUUUAUAUUGCACUGACUUAUGUGUAGAAGGAGAAAAUACUUCUGUCAAGCUGGAAUAUAUGAGAUCUUGGGAAAAAGAGCCGAUUGAGAUUGUUGAUGUUACUGUUUAUAUAGUUUCUUAG